AUGAGUUCUGAGAGCUGGUCGGUUGGUUGGGUGAUAAAUGUAGAGGAUCAAGAGAUUGAAAUACUUCACAAGGGUCGAACAAUUCGAUUGUCCCGUAACAAAAUGCGCUCGAUCGUUGUGACGGGUGACUGGAUUGCAUUUCAAACUAAUGCAGCUUAUUCAUUUGAUGAUGAAGUGGGAAGUAAAAAGCUGAACAAUUUCAGAAGAACACCGCAUUUGGUCAAGUCACCGCAAACAAAGUGUAUCUGCGUAAGAACUACUGCCAUCGGUUCACCAGAUGUACAAUUACAAGAGAGUGAUUCGGCGAUUCAUAGAAUAUGGUCACCGCAUUUCGAGUAUCUGGCUGAUCCUUUGCACCUCUUCAACGAUCUUGUGAACGUAAAACCAAAUGUAGCGUACGAUGUAUGGUGCAGAUUGAACAGUGACCCAAAAUCACAAUAUGACGGAGUGAGUCCGAUUCUUGAGAUACACUCGAUCGAGGCACCGUCUGAAAGUCAAAUGAUAUCGCUCAAUUCCCCAUGGGCGAAGAGGAGAGAAAUCAGUCCAGUUAAUCGAGCGUCAUCGACGGAUCAACUGUCAAAGAACCAGCAAUCCGCAGCACAACGUCAGGAACCAUAUGCUGAAACUCCGAACCAAUCCAGUGGAAGUCAGAAAAUGAUUAAAGAAGAACAGUCACGACCUCCACCUUGGCCGCAAAGGAGAAGAAGUAAUCCAAUUAAUCAGACGUCAUCGUUGAAUCAACCCUCACAAAACCAGCAAUUUACAUCACGAAGUCAAGAAUCAUCUGCUGAAACUCAGAACCAAUCCAGUGAGAGUCAGAAAAUUAUUAAAGAAGAACAGUUACGACCUACCGCUUCGAAAGUGAAUGUUGAAUUAGUCGACAGCACAAAUCAGUUAGCAGAAGUUCAACAUGAAUCGAACUACACUGCUGAUGCCAGACUUGAUCUGAUUGCUCAUUUACUGUGUGAACGUUUGAGGAUGGUCCAGUCACAUACAAAAGAAUGUCAAGAUACAAUCAAAAUGUACGUUGUUUCGCUAAUGCAAUGUUGUAAUAUCUUGUGGGAGGUAUUGCUGGUAUAUCUGCUGGUAUUUACAUAUAUAAUAUGGAAUUCUACUGAAUACAUCAUGCAUGCACCUGUCAAAUGA